AUGUCUCUAACAAAUGAGAAUGUGAGUGAAAUUUUCAUAAAAAAUGAAGGCAAUGUUGCAAAUACAUGCAAGGCUAUAUGUGACUGCCUUCAGUUGGAUUCAGCUUCAAUAGUAAAGUCAAGUUUGUUCUUGAAAGUCCAAAAAAUAUUCAAAGAACUUCAAAGACUCAAGAAAUACAAUAAUAAGGAAAAAUAUAACAUAUUUCGAAACAAAUUAUUCACAUUACCAGCUAGUAAAAAAAAUAUUCAAUCAACAUCGAGUUCUUCAGUGUCCAUAUCUACUUCUUCUGUGUCAACGUUGACUUCUUCUGUGUCAACGUUGACUUCUUCUGUGUGCACAUCGACUUCUUCUGUGUCACCAUCCACUUCUUCUGUGUCAACGUCGACUUCUUCUGUGUCAACAUCAACUUCUUCUGUGUCAACGUCGACUUAUUCUGUGCCAACAUCAACUUCUUCUGUGUCAACGUCGACUUAUUCUGUGCCAACAUCAACUUCUUCUGUGCCAACGUCGACUUAUUCUGUGCCAACAUCAACUUCUUCCAUGUCAACGUCGACUUAUUCUGUGUCAACAUCGACUUCUUCUGCGGCCUCAUCAACUUUGGCAUCCUCAUCAACCUUUGUGGCCUCAUCGACUUCUUCAUCAACAGAUCUUUUACAGGAUAUUGAAAAAAGCAUCAGAAUUCAACAUCUUGAAAGAGAAAACCAUAAAUUGAGAGAAAAACUAAGGAACAUUAAUGUUAAAUCAAUGAACCAGAAACUUAAAAGAAAAUCUGAGAAAGUUGUACAUUUACAAGAAAAGGUAAAUGAAUUUGAAAAAAAAGAAACUGAAAAGAAAUAUAGUAGAGUUGAAAAGGGUGUGCAGUGCAACGUUUUAAAGUCAUAUAUUGAAGACUUGAAAAAAGAAAUUGAUGCAUUGAAUGCAGAAAGAGAUGAAAAUGAUGAUAUGAAAGAAUCAUCAGAAUUUGUACAUAUUGGGAAAAAUGUAGAUUUUAGAGAAAAAUCAAAGGGCAGACCUUUCAAUUUUAAGUUAAGAAAGUUAUACUAUUUUUUUAUCAGUAAUAAUAUUGGUGUGCAGCAUAUUUCUCCUGUUGUUGAAGCUGUUUUAAAUAUUUUUGAUAUUCAUGUAAAAAAUUUACCAAGUAAGAGUACAACAGCAGUUUUAUCAAGUGAAAUGGGUGUUUUAUCUAAAAAUCAUGUUAAAGAAGAGCUUUUAAAUAGUAAAAACAUUACAAUGCACAGAGAUGCCACCACUAAAAAGGGAAAACAUUUUUAUGGUUUGCAAUUUAAUACUGGAAAUCAAUUUUUAACUGCUGGAAUCAGAGAAGUGCCAGAUGGCAAGGGUGAAACAUAUGUAAAUAGUACGAAAGAAAUGUUGUCUGAUAUUUCAGAGAAAGAAAGCGAUAAAAAAAGUAUUUUAGAAUCUGUAUCUUGUUUUAUGACUGAUAGAAGUUCCACGGAACAGAAAGUAAAUUCUAUUUUAUCUAGUGAAAUUUCUCACGAUGUUCAUUCUUUUAAAUGUUCAGUGCACCCUCUUUUACAAUUUUCAGAUGUUUGUUUACAAGAGUUUUAUAAUAUUGAAAAAGAAUUAAAUAUUCAUUUUGAUGGACAUUCCAGUACACCUAAAGAUCCUUAUGUCAUGUUUAUUUUAAGAAGUGUUUCAAAAUUUUUUUUUAAAGACGGAGUAGGUGAUCCGAAAUUUAGUCGAGUGUUUUUGAAAAGUCACGGAACAGACAAACUCCCUGUGAUGAAUGUAAGAGGAAAUCGUUUUAAUUUGUGUUUUUAUAAUGCUGCUGGUACAUUUUUUAUGCAUCAACUUCUUUUACAAUAUCUUUUAUCCUCGAGGAGUUCUUUUAAUGUUGUUUUGAAUGCAAUUGUUACAUCAUUGCAAAGCAAAGUAUUUUUAACAAUUUUGAGAGCUCUUGGUUUUAUAUGUAAAUUUAUUACGGAGCCAUACUGGCAGAAAACUUUAGAGUUAUGGAAUAUUACAAGUAUAAACACUGUGUAUCAAAGACUUUUAUAUGUUUUAAAUGUUAUUCAUAAAAACCCUUCAGCAUUAUUAAAAAGGGAAAUCAAACUGUUUGAAGGUCCAGAUUUUUAUGACCCUGUGUCAGAUUUUUUAUGUUCUAUGUCGUUAAAUGAUGACUUUACAUGUGUUUUUAUUAAGAGGUGCAUUAGUGUUUUAAUUGACAAGGCAAAGAAGUUGUUUGCAGAUUUUUUAGAAGGAGGAAAAUAUUUUAAUUCAUGUUCAACAGAAUUUUUUAAAGAAUGUUCAUCAUGUUCGACAAAUAAUAUAACCAUUGAACGGUUAAUGGGUCAGUUAGAUUUUAAACUUAAAUAUGCUGCCACCUCAUCUGUAAAUACAAUUGAGAGUAUUUUAAUGUAUAAUAAUAAUAAAACAAAAAAAUGGUUAGAAAAAAAAAGUGAAAAUGAACAGAGGAACAUUGUAAAUACAGCUAGAAAAGACAGUAGAGCUUUUUUAAUUGAAAGUAAGAGAAGGAAAGAAGAAUUAUUUAACAAACAUUUGCAGACUAUAAAAGAAAAAGAAGAGGAGAACAAGAAGAAGAAAGAAAGAAAAAAUGAUGCCAUCGACAAAGCGUUAGACGAUAUUCACAGACAUGGAUUAUGGGCUUCAGUGACUGAAAUUAAUGAAAAAUUGUGCAUUUUAAAGACAAAGAAGGAAAAAAUGACAGCGUUAAAAACUCAGAUUAAUAUUUAUAAGAAAGUUUUUAAAGUAGAACAAGAAUUUAGACAUUUAUUGUGUUUUAGCAAAAAAGGAAAAGUAUUUGACGAGAAACAAUUGAAAGAAAAUUUGAUUACACUACUGAAAAAAAGAAAGGAAUAUCAAGAAAGUAUUGCAUGUAACACCAACCCGAGGGACUUUGUAUCCAGACAAAUAUUACACACAUGGACAGAUAAUGGAGAGGACAUUGAAUGGGAGGGACAGAUUUUAAGCUACAGCAAUGGGGUGUUUAAAGUAAAGUCAUUUUAA